GUUCCCGUAAAGCACACGCUUGAUCAAGGAGCUCGGAGAAACCAGAGCAGGGAGAGAAACUCCGAAGAAUUUAGAGGGAAAUUUCUCUCAACCGAUCGAGUAAAGCUUAUUUAAGCGUCUGCUUCCGGUUGCUAUCAGAGGAAAUUGAACAAGUGCUUCUUCCUUACUCCUUCUAGAGUGAAUAUCCAUACAUGGGUUCAUUGGCAGAACCAACACCUGAGACAAAUGGCAGAAAGCCCCUUGGAAUUCGAUUUAUAGAGCACAUAAAGCGAAAAAGAAUUUCCUACAAAAGCCAUCAGGCCAUUGUUUUAAUUUUGACAUUUUUGACAUAUGCUAGCUAUCAUGCCACUCGGAAAGUCACUAGCAUUGUCAAGAGUGCUCUUGAUCCUGCAGCUUCGGAUGUGAGCUGGAAAUUCAUCCCCUGGAGGAAAACUCACCUUCAUGAACCACCUGCAAUUGGAAAGUUAUCAUGGAACCUGGGUGAUGGAUGGACUCCAUUUAAUGGGUCAGAUGGUACUGCCUUGCUCGGUGAGCUUGAUGUGGCUUUCCUCUCUGUAUAUGCUUUUGGAAUGUACUUCUCUGGACAUUUGGGUGAUAGAAUGGAUCUAGGGAUAUUUUUAACUGUUGGAAUGAUUGGAAGUGGUUUAUUUACUUCUUUAUUUGGAGUAGGAUACUGGGAAAAUAUCCAUAGUUUCUACUACUACUUGAUAGUACAGAUGCUGGCAGGGUUGUUUCAAUCAACUGGGUGGCCUUCAGUUGUUGCAGUGGUUGGCAACUGGUUUGGGAAGAGUAAAAGAGGGCUAAUCAUGGGUAUAUGGAAUGCUCACACAUCUGUUGGGAACAUCACUGGUUCUUUGAUUGCCUCUGCUUUAUUGAGUUAUGGGUGGGGUUGGUCCUUUGUUGUGCCCGGUCUUAUGAUUGCUUUUCUUGGCUUGAUGAUUUUCUUCUUUCUUCCUGUUACUCCUGAAUCUGUUGGUUGUGAUAGAGAAGAAGAUGUAUUGCAUUUCCCUAGGAAGAUUGGGGAGGAAGUAACAGAGCCUUUAUUGAGAUCAGAGACAGCGGUUAAAGAGAAAGCUGUGGGAUUCAUACAAGCAUGGAAAAUUCCCGGUGUUGCUCCAUUUGCUUUUUGCCUCUUCUUCUCCAAAUUGGUUGCUUAUACAUUUCUCUAUUGGCUUCCCUUCUACAUUAGCCAUACAGCCAUAGGCGGGAAGUAUCUAUCCAAUUCGGCAGCUGGAAAUCUGUCAACGUUGUUUGAUGUAGGAGGGGUUCUUGGGGGGAUCCUAGCUGGUCACAUUUCGGAUCAUCUAGAUGCCAGAGCCAUAACUGCAGCAAGUUUCAUGUAUUGUGCAAUUCCUGCUUUGUUCUUCUAUAGGAGCUAUGGAAACAUUUCCUUGACUGUAAACAUGGUUCUUAUGUUCAUCACUGGCAUUUUUGUAAAUGGCCCCUAUGCUCUUAUAACAACUGCUGUCUCAGCAGACUUAGGAACUCACAGUUCAUUGAAAGGGAAUUCACGGGCAUUGGCAACUGUAACAGCGAUUAUUGAUGGAACUGGCUCAAUUGGAGCUGCUAUUGGACCAUUAUUGACUGGUUAUAUUUCUGCCAAGAGCUGGAGUGCAGUUUUCACAAUGCUGAUGGCAGCUGCUCUAAUUGCAGGGCUGCUUCUAACUAAGCUUGUUGUGGCUGAGGUUACUGCAAAGCUUUCUGAAUCAAGGUCACAUAAAAGGCAGCAAUCAAGGUCUCCAAUGGGGACAACUGAAGAAGCGUGAUAUGCUAAUAUCAACAUUCUAUAUCUUGUGUAAUUCUCAUAGCUCAGUAUAUUACAAGUUCUGAUUUAAACAAGAAAAAGAAUGAAGAGGGCGAAACCCAUCGAAUGUGUUGGAAGAUAGGAAAGAAUGGUAUUCAAUUCUCUUUGAGCAAGGGUAGGAAAAAUCAGAGGAAUCAGUUAAAAGAUUCCUCCAAGUCUGUGUAUAUGAUUUUUCUGUAUGUUGUAUCAAUUUGAAAGGUGGCAUUGUUUGGAAGAUUGUCUUCUACUCAUGAAUUCUUACUCAUUUGGCUAAAGGGUUCAUUGUUAUUCAGGUGGGAACAGGGGACUCAAUUUGCUAGGAACUUUCCACUUGGUCAAGCUGGUGAUCACUUGGAUUUAAUUCUACUUUCUUAAAAGGGAGAAUGUUGUAGGUCCCAAAUUGGAAUGGUGGGCAACAUCUGACCAUUUCAUGGCGAAAAAGUAUCGUGAGAUCAGCUUUCAACCACUUUAGAAAAAGAACCAAAGUGAAUCACACCUAUAUUUAAGUGGGGACUCGCGUUUCAUGUGCUAUUAUAAUACUAGGGAACAAAGUUUUAUUAGCAAUGUAAUAAAAUCAAACUUUUGAUUCACUUGAAACAUUGGUUGUGGAUUUGAUCA